CUUGAUCAAUGUGAUAGGGGUUCGACAGUCAAGCAGGCAUGUAGCCUUGACAUGCAUACGUUGUGGCAUUGUUUGCACAGAGCGAUAAGACGGUAACAUAAAUCCACUGUAAAAUAAUGCACAUUAACCGGGUAUCCAGAGCGUAUUUUCCGGUCGAACUUAGCCAGACUGUGAUAUCGUUGCAAGUUACAACACACGAUGGGGUGUACCUCCUCAGCGUACGACGGCGAUUUCCAGUAUGACUUCCACGACAUCAACAACGACGGCUCUUGGGAGGACGACUUUGACCAGGUCCCCAAAGAGCAAUAUACAGACGACCCUGAGAGCUCGAACUUGAAGCACUACACGGUGGACUUCAGAACGUCAUCGGGGUUAAUUGACCACAGGCCCCGCCGUCCAGAAGUUCCCCCUGGGCAGAUGUGGACAGACGAAGAAUUUACUCUCCCAAUAGCGAUAAAAGAAUACGCAAAGCAACGACUGGAUUGGAAGAGACCGCAUGAAAUCGUUCGUAAUCCUGUACUCUUUGCUGAUGGGACAUCAAGAUUUGACAUCAAACAACGGAGCUUUGGAACAUGUUGGUUCUUGUCAAUGAUGGCGAACCUCGGUGACAAACCGGACCUCUGUAGGAAGGUGAUCAAUGAGGAUUCAUACACACCUAGAACUGACGGGAUCUGUCACUGUCGACUGUGGAGGUUUGGGGAGUGGGAAGACGUGUACAUGGACGACUAUCUCCCCGUGUUUGCUGGCACUAGGCAGUUGUACGGAGCACUGUCUGGGACGGACACCAACGAAAUGUGGGUCUCCCUCCUGGAGAAGUCCCUGGCCAGGCUUCAUGGUUCCUACAACGUGGUGAGCGAUGAGGGUGGCUACCCCAGUGACGCCUACCUCACCCUGACAGGGGCCGUGGCGGAGAAGGUCAGCUUUGACUACGAUGAUCCCGAUCCUGACCAGCUGUUCCGUCGUCUCAGGAACGCCCUUCAUACCGGGGCUUUGGUCACUUGUGCGGUUCCUCCCGAAUUCGAUGGCGAGAUAGGCCUGGUUGGAGGACAUGCCUAUUCCUUGACAGGAGCCUAUAUGGUGACGAAACGUGACGGCGAGAAAUUCCCCUUGGUGAGGAUACGUAACCCACAUGGGACAAAUGAAUGGCAGGGAAAGUGGAGCGACAAGAGCAGUGAGUGGGGGGACGUGUCCGACGGACACCUAAUACGAAGAAACAAAAAUGAUGGAGAGUUCUGGAUAAGCUUGGAAGACUUCCUCCAUUAUUUUGCUCAAACUACCAUUUGCUCGCUAACUCCAGACUUUGACAUUGACGGAAGGUCAGAUGGCCUCAAUCAUGUACUGAGGAUAUUUGGGGAGUGGCGAGGAGGGGUGGGUCAAGGGGGCACACUGAGGGAUCGUGUCAGAAAUCCGCGGUUUGCUUUUACAGUUCCUGUAGAAGGGGUAACAGAUGAAGGAUAUGUUCCUGUCGUUGUACAAAUAAUACAGAAAGCUCAUCAUCUAGACUAUGACGCUAUACGUUGUGACUUGUACAAGGUGACGAGGGGCAGUGAAAGGUCGAGGAUGUUCUACGUGGCCAAGAUGAGGGACACUGAAGCCAAGGACUGCUACUACCCCCGCCUGCAGUGCGUGUUCCGGUACAGGGUGAAGCCAGGCCGAUACAUCGUCAUCCCCUCCACCUACCAGAGCGGCGUCAACAGGGAAUUCCUCCUCAGGGUCUUCUCCUCAUCCCCGGUGUAUUACUGCAGGAGGGUACCAAGACAGAAACCAAUCAUGCCCCUUUCUAGAUACUGAUGCUGCGUCAACAUCAGCAGAGCAUCUGCUGUCAGGAUGCUGCGGAUGUAGAACAUGAGGAGGAACAAUCUCAGGACCAUAUGAAAGAUGUGCCCGGACAGGGCUGAUAAAGCUGUUCAUUACAUAUUUUAGGAUGAACAGCAAGGUGUUAAGUACUCGUUUGUACAGAAAAUAGCAGGACCGUGGUCUUUGUGGUAAACAAAUUACCUGCGUUUGCAUGUGUUUGUGACGUGUGCCACCGGUGGGACAGGACACGCUCACUUUAUCGCGAACACCUGGUAUCAUCAUUAGUUUGAUAGUGAUUCAUAAGCACAUGCUCUUUAUAUAGUCGAAUCGUACAAUGCAUUCUGCUUUUUGGAUAUGGAAAGAGUUUUGUCAUUUUUAUUUGAAAGGAUCCAAAAAUGAACAUUUUUGGUGCUACAACACUCUAGUGGGUGGCUGUCAAGGGCAUAUUAAUAGUCUUUUAAAAUUCAAACACUUAAGUGACACUACAAUAUAGGUACACGUUUUGCAGCAGUAUUACAGUAGUUUAAUGACUGCCUUUCUCCCGUGAGGAUUUCCUUGCACUGAUCGAUAUAAUAAUAUCUGUAAAAAUCCUGGAUUGAGUAGCCUGCUGUGGUGGAAGUCUGGGAGUAAGGGUGACACUACUCAUUAUUAUCCGAUAUGAAAUUAUGUAUUUCUUAUUUUAUUAUGAUAUAAAUGUGUGUAUUUCCCAUUUUUAUCUGAUAUAAAUUUACAUAUUUCUCUAAUGGACACACACGUUUCUCCAAGCAAAUGUAUUUGCGAUCAAGACGAAUGGUAUACUUACGGAAUGGCAUUGAUCUAUUUUAAGAUACGAUCAGUAGUGUGGCGCAGGAUCGAUGCAAUCUAUUGAUACUUUAACUUGCCUGCCUUGCUACUGGGCAGUGGACUAUAGCGAUGGGCGAUAGCGAUGAUUCGUUUACGUCAAUGUAUCUGAAAACAUAUAACAUAGUAUCCAUUUGUCUGUCUCACAGAGCCUAGAGAAUAAAUUAAAACAGGAGUCCGACUCAAGUCUAGAUUGAUUUGGCAAGUCUAGAUUGCCUCAAUGAAAUAAGGGAUUGUUUUGGGCUCCAUUUGGAUUUUAUUUAUUUUAUGUUGUAGAUAUAUAUUUUUAAAUAAGAUAACUUUAUUUCUGUGACUACAUGUAAGUCUAACCAUCCAUCAGCUGGUAUGGUAGUUUGGUAAAACACGAUUAUCAAAUAUAGGGGAUUAUGUGUGAUUAUCGCCAUGAAGGGGUUGAUUUAAGGGGUUGUGUUUUCUCGAACACCAGGUGUUAAUCACUGAUUUUCAGUGAUCCAUUCACAUCAUGUUCGCCACUAUGUCCGCUCAGUAGAAUCUGGUUCGGUAGAUACCCGAGACUGACUCUUCUCUGGCGUUGACGUGAUGAAUGUAAACCAACAAACUGAGACGUGUAGAAAAAGAUUCUCAUAAAUGUACGUGCAAUACGUAGGAAGAGGUUUAAAGUUCAUUUUUCAAUUGCGAAUAGUCGCUGUUGAAAUUGUGUUACGCACAGCAAUUAAUCGUGACAUGAACUUUCCUUGAAGAAUUUUAAUCUUUAGCUCGUAACCAUCAUGAUGUGUCUGUAGGCUUUUAUUGUCUCGCUUUCUAUGUGCAAUUCUUUUCCGAAUUUUUCAUAAGUUGUGUAGAGGCGAUAAUUAUGUGCAGGCAGUUUACUAAUACUGAUAUAUAAUAUAAUACUACAAUAUAAUCCUGAAUACAAGCCAUGAUUACAUCCGUUGUUGACACGGAUGGCCCUGUUCACUGUGUGGAUGGCAUUUUUAAAUACCAUAUAUUAUUGACAAUUAUAUAUACCUACUUAAGGGUUACGCUUAUAUAUUGUGCAUAACAGAUGUAUUAUUAUGCAGGCAUAUGCUGAAAUAUGAACGUUGCACUACAAUGGUUUCUAAUUUUAUUUUUGAUCCACUUUACUCCCAUUGAGCAGUAUUAUCAUGUUGUGUUUACCAUAUCGAGUUAAGGUUCACAUAAAAGGCGUACCUGAGAUCAUCUUCCUUAGGCGAGGGCUGGAAUUUCUGGGUUCGAUCGUAGCGCCCCCACGGGCUAUUAUCAGUUACGUCCCUCCUAUUGACCAAUCAGAUUCCACCUCUCAUAUCACUUACAAAUGUAUAUCACUUGGCGGCCCCCAGUCAAGACAAUCUGACCGAUAAUCAGGAUCGAUAUUGUAAUAAAAUGGGUCUUACCUAGCGAAGUGCAUCAAAUCAUUUGAGCAACUUGAUUGAAAACAUGAAAUGAUUUAUG